UGGUUUUUGGGCAACGGAUUGAAAUGUGUUCCACACAGCAAAUUGUAUUAUUAUUUCAGAUAUUAAUGAUUUGUAAGAUGUAGGAAACAUAUCUAUUGUGGCGGACAAUACAUUUAUUUUAAACUUGAAAUGUAUUUGUGAAAUAUAAUGCGAAGUAUUAUUUUACUUCUGUUCCCUUUGGGAGCCAUUGGCAGAGAACAUGUUCUUCUCGACUCUACAAAGGAGCAGAUGUUAGAUUGGACCAAAUAUCCUCACGGACCUAAAGCUCCAACUCCAGGCUGGGUGGAGGAGAGUUUUACAAACUUCGAUAAGGGAAUAAACUGGAGAUCGUAUGUUGUGUGUGACGUGAGCUACCCUGAUGUAAACAACUGGUUGUGGACUCCCUUUAUAGAACGAGGGAUGGCAAACAGGAUCUAUAUUGAUAUUAAGUUUUCUAUCCGGGCUUGUGAUCUGUUCCCGGGGAGAGCAGUCCAGUGUAAAGAAACAUUUUCCUUACUUUUCUACGAGUUCGAUGCAGCUACCAGGGAACCCCCACCAUGGGAACCUGAAUCUUAUAAACUUAUUGACAGGAUUGCUGCAGACGAAGGUCGGUUUAAAAACAACAACGAGGUCAUCAUCAACACAGAGACACGAUCUGUUGAGGUAAGACAGAAAAAAAAUUUCUUUUUACAGAAAAAAGCGGGCCUCCUCCUCGAAAGAAUUAUUUUCAAGGUUUACUACAUCAGCUGUCCGGAAAUCAUCAACAGCUUUGCAGUUUUUCCUGAAACACCCACCGGAAAAUCUGAGUCUAGUACUGAGAAUAUCCGGGGUGUAUGUGUACCUAAUGCUGAUCCUGGAGAUGUAGCUCCCUAUAGUUACUGUAAGAGUGAUGGAACCUGGCUCUCAAGCCAAGGAGGGUGUCAAUGUAUUGCUGGACAUGAACCCUACAGGAGUGGGGUACAGGUUCAGGAGUGUAGACAAUGUGAUGUGGGGAGAUAUAAAUCAACAGCUGGAGAAUCUGUGUGUGACAUCUGUCCUCCACAUAGUACUGCUGUACAUAGUGGUUCUCUCUACUGCAGUUGUAACCAGGGUUUCUACAGAUCUAGUUCUGAUUCUACCUCAGCUCCUUGCACCUCCCCUCCCUCACCCCCUCGCAACCUCACACUCGCCCUCAUGGACACCACCAGCCUCACCCUCGCCUGGCAGCCUCCCAGGGACCAGGGGGGUAGACAGGAUACUGUUUAUAGGGUUGAGUGUAAAAAUUGUGGACCUGGAGUUUCCUUCAGUCCUGCAAGUGAAACUAUUUCCAGUACAUAUCUCAGGAUCCAGGGACUGAGUUCCAUGACAAGCUACAAGUUCAAGAUCUUUAGUGAAAACGGAGUUUCAAAGGUUGCACGUGACAGCCCAAAGUUCGCUGAAAUCACUGUCAACACUGAGAGUUCAGAUCCAAGAACGGUUCCUGCCCUGUUCAUCAAGAACGUGAGGUCGUCUUCUAUUCAUCUUGGUUGGAGACCACCUCACGACCAGUAUAUUGAGAUUCAGAUGUACGAGGUUCGAUACUUCGUCCGCGGUUUGGAUACUGAAAAUGUGACUCUAACUACGCGUAAUGAAGAGAUAGAAAUAUCUAACUUGGAGGAGAAAACUGAAUACGGAUUCCAGGUUCGAGCGAAGACAAGUCAGAAAUGGGGAGAAUUCACACCUGCAGUUUACCAGAUGACGGGAGCAAGUGAUCCUGAGUCAUUCCCUGUUCCCGAAGGAACUGGAACCCCUGCUAUUGUUGGAGCUGUAGUUGCAGGAUUGAUUCUGCUGACGAUGGUGACGAUCAUGGUGACAAUCUAUCUCAGGAAAGGGUCAGACGACUGGGUCAAGAAACAGGUGGGGGAUAAUGAUACUCUUGAGUUCCGUGGUGUAUCUCCGCAUUACUCCGUUGACGGCGGACAUGGUAUUGUGCACACUCACACUGCCGGAACUCUACCCCUCUUCAAUACAUUUGCAACUCAUAAAACCUACAUAGAUCCCCAUACAUACGAGGAUCCACACCAGGCUGUCCGUCAGUUUGCUAAGGAGUUAGAUCCACGAUACAUCACUAUAGAGGCGAUAAUUGGAGGAGGAGAGUUUGGAGAUGUUUGCAGAGGUCGUCUUCAGCAAGGAGAGAGGCAGGAUAUGCUUGUUGCAAUAAAGACCCUGAAGCCUGGAUCGAGUGAGAAGGCAAGAUCUGAUUUCCUAACAGAAGCCAGUAUCAUGGGACAGUUCGAACAUCCUAAUGUCAUAUUUUUACAGGGAGUAGUAACUAAAGCAACCCCAGUAAUGAUUAUCACUGAGUAUAUGGAGAACGGUUCCCUGGAUACUUUCCUUCGAGCUAACGAUGGGAAAUUUCAAGUUAUGCAAUUGGUCGGUAUGAUGCGGGGAAUAGCGUACGGUAUGCAGUACCUGGCUGAAAUGAGUUAUGUACAUAGAGACCUAGCAGCUAGAAACGUAUUGGUUAACUCUCAACUCGUCUGUAAAAUUGCGGACUUCGGCCUAAGCAGAGAAAUAUCUGAAUCGGCCAUAGACGGAGCCUACACUACUCGUGGAGGAAAGAUACCAGUCAGAUGGACUGCUCCUGAAGCAAUAGCAUUUAGAAAAUUUACCUCCUCGUCGGAUGCCUGGUCGUUUGGUAUCGUAAUGUGGGAGGUAAUGAGCUACGGAGAGAGACCUUACUGGGACUGGACUAACCAGGAGGUUAUCAAACAGAUAGAGAAGGGGUUCAGAUUACCUGCCCCCAUGGACUGCCCUGAAGCACUCCAUCAGCUAAUGCUGGAUUGUUGGCAACGAGAACGAGCGCACAGACCUAGUUUUGGAAAUAUUGUCAAAACAUUAGAUAAACUGAUCUGCUGUCCAGAAACAUUAAGGAAGAUUGCUAGUAAUCAGUCCUGUAAUCCAUUUGCUCCUGAUGCCCCUGAUUUGACUCAAUUCAACUCUGUUGAUGAAUGGUUGGCCAACAUUAAAAUGUCAAGAUACAGUGAUAACUUCGCCGCUGCCGGAAUAGUCAACAUUGACCAGGUUGCGAGACUAGGGUUGACCCAGCUGGUUGACCUGGGGGUCACACUGGUCGGACACCAGAAGAAGAUUAUUAACUCUAUACAGGCAAUUCGAACCCAGCUGUCAGUAAAUCUUAGCGAAGGAUUCCUAGUUUAGAAGAUUUUAUCAUAGAAUAUAAUUAUGUUUGCGGAGUU